AUGGCGUCCGGGCAACCACCAUUCGGGACGCGCUCCUACAAUGCAGGCCGAUUGCCUGAUCGAUCAGUCAAUGCUAGUGCCAUCCCCCUCAGUGCCUCCUCGUUCUCCCGGCAAAGGUUGGGUGCCCCGGGUCCUAGUGAUUUUGGAGCGGAAGCUGCAAAGUCCUCGCAGCAAGCACCGGUUCCCCCGGUGCAUUCGCAGACUCAUGGUCCAUCGCAGGACUCGAAUCCGCUGAGUCGGUUGACUGAAGAGCAGCGGGAAGAGAUCAAUGAAGCUGUAAGCUCCCCGGAUUUGCGUCAUCCUGUUAUGUCGGAAUUUUCUCAGUGCAUUUUCACGGAUACUUUCACCCUAUUCGACCUUGAUCGCGACCAGCAUCUGGACUAUCACGAACUCCGCGUGGCAUUCCGUGCCUUGGGUUUCACUCUACCAAAACAAGAACUCAUCUCUCUUCUGACCACGUACGGCGUUCCUCGACCCCAAGUACAACAGUCAACCCAACAAUCGCAACACCAGCAACAGUCACGAUCUGCACCGGCCACGAACCCCCAGCACCCGUCUAACCUGCUCAUGCCACUCUCUGCCUUCCAAGCCGUGACGGCCUUAAAGAUCUUGGAACGAGAUCCGCGCGACGAGAUUAUUCGGGCAUUUGAGCUCUUUGACGAAGGUGGGAAGGGCUACAUUGACCUGGAAGAUUUGAGACGGGUGGCGCGAGAAUUGGGCGAAACGGGUCUCGAAGAGGAGGAAUUACGCGCAAUGAUUGAGGAAUUCGAUCUGGAGGGUGUCGGUGGCGUGACAAGGGAGGCAUUCGUGAGUAUCUGCUGGCAGUAA